CAGCCCGUCUGCUGCCGUCCGACCUCUCCAGCCUGAAAGGAACAAGAUCUCCCGGUCUUUGAGUCCGUGCUGAAGCCAAGGCUGCCCACUGGAGAGUCACCAGGGCAGAACCAAGCACAAUGAUAUUUACUUACACAGCUGAACCUUCACAGUUCUUUACAUUUUUCCAGAAGCAGUAGAAAAUGAACAUAGCUCAGGGAUCAGUGUCAUUCGAAGACGUGACUGUGGAGUUCACUCAGGAUGAAUGGCAGUAUGUAGGCCCUGCUCAGAGGACCCUGUACAAAGAUGUGAUGCUGGAGAACUACAGCCACCUCAUCUCAUUGGGGUACUGCAUUAUCAAACCCCAGGUGAUCUUCAAGUUGGAGCACGGUGAAGAGCCCUGGUCCUCAGAGGAAGAAUUCCUAAACCAGAAGUACCCAGGAUAUUGCAGAGUUGAUGUCCAUAUUGAGGAGAACCGGGAAAAACAAGAGAAACCUCUGUGGCAAACUGACUACAUAAAUGUAUGUGAAAAGUUGCAGCUGGAUAUUCAGCAUGAGAAAACUCAUACUGGAGAGCAGUGUUACAAAUAUAAUGAAAAUCUGGAAGCUCUCAGUUAUGUGAAAGAUCAUCAUAAAUUUCAAACUCUGGAGCAAUCUUUUGAAUGUAAUGAAUAUGGAAAAGUUUUACAUGAUAAGACCGUCUGUGUUACAGCUAAGAGUUCAGUAACAGGAGAGGAUUCCUGUAAGGAUAAUGAAUUUAGGGGAAAUUGUGAUAAAGCAGCUCUUUUUAACCACAUGAGAAAUGGCACAAGGAAGAAAUGCUUUGAUCUUAAUGAAUGUGGUAAAUCCUGUGAAUACAAUGAGGUUCACAUGGCUUUGGCACACAAUGAAUGUAAUGAAAGUGGGAAUAACUUCAGUAGGAAUUCACCCCUCACUCAGCCUCAGAGAACUGUUACAGGACAAGGUGCCUUUGAAAGCAGUAAGUGUGAAGAAAACUUGAGCCAGAGCUCAGGCCAUAUAGUACAUCAGAAGAUACAAACUAGAGAUACAUUCUGUGUUUAUAAUGGAUUUACAAACACCUUCUACCAGAAGUUAGACUUUAUAGUACAUCAGAGAACUCACAAAGAAGAGAAAUUCUAUCAAUGUGAUAAAUAUGAGAAAUCCUUCCAUCAGAACUCAGCCCUCAGUGUUCAUCAGCAGUGUGACACAGGAGAGAAGUCAUUUGAACUUACUGAAUGCAGGAAAUCAUUUUACCAGACACACCUUAUUCAGCAUCAGAGGACCCACCCAGGGGAGAAACCUUAUGAAUGUGAGGAAUGUGGGAAAUCCUUUUGUUCAAAUUCACAUCCUGUUCAUUAUCCUGGAACUCAUAUGGGAGUCAAUCUGUAUGAAUGUAAUGAAUGUGGGAAAACUUUUGCUGAUAAUUCAACCCUCAGAGCACAUCAGAGAAUUCACACAGGUGAGAAACCAUAUGAGUGUAAUGACUGUGAGAAGACUUUUGCCCAUAAUUCCACCCUCAGAGCACAUCAGAAAAUUCACACUAAGGUGAACUACAAAUGUAAUGAAUGUGGGAAAACUUUUUCCCAGAAGACACGUCUUAGUACACAUCAGAGGAUUCACACAGGUGAGAAACCCUAUGGAUGUAGUGAAUGUGGGAAAACCUUCUCCCAGAAAUCAUACCUCAGUGGACAUGAGAGAAUUCACAAAGGGGAAAAACCUUAUGAAUGUAAUGAAUGUGGGAAAACUUUUGUCUAUAAGGCAGCCCUCAUUGUCCAUCAAAGAAUUCACACAGGAGAAAAACCCUAUGAAUGUAAUGAAUGUGGGAAAACUUUCUCCCAGAGGAUACACCUCUAUGCACAUCAGAGAACUCACACAGGGGAGAAACCUUAUGAAUGUAAGGAAUGUGGGAAAACUUUUGCAGAUAAUUCAGCCCUCAGGGCACAUCAGAGAAUUCACAAAGGGGAGAAACCCUAUGAAUGUAGUGAAUGUGGGAAAACUUUCUCCAAGACAUCACACCUCAGAGCACAUCUGAGGACUCGCACAGGGGAGAAACCCUAUGAAUGUAAUGAAUGUGGGAAAACUUUCUCCCAGAAGUCAUAUGUUGGUGCACAUCAGAGAAUUCACACAGGGGAGAAACCUUACGAAUGUAACAUAUGUGGGAAACCUUUUGCCCAUAAUUCAACCCUCAGAGUACAUCAGAGAAUUCACACAGGUGUAAAAUCCUACAAAUGUAAUGAAUGUGGGAAAACUUUCUCCCAGAAGUCACACCUUAGUGCACAUCAGAGAAUUCACACAGGAGAGAAACCCUAUGAGUGUAAUGAAUGUGGGAAAGCUUUUGCCCAAAAUUCAACUCUUGGAGUACACCUGAGAAUUCACACAGGUGAGAGACCCUACAAAUGUUAUGAAUGUGGAAAAACCUUUGUCCGUAAGGCAGCUCUUAGAGUACAUCACACCAGAAUGCACACCAGAGAGAAAACCCUUGCAUGUAAUGAAUUUGGGAUGUGCUAAAGGAAGUUACACCUUAUUAGAUAACACACAGUAGAAAAGCUCAUGUCACAUAGACUGGCAAAUUAUUUUCCUUAACUGUUUCCUUUUCCCUGGGCACAUAGCUUGUCUUAGUUUCCCAAUCUUUCCUUCGUCUGGGUGGGGCUGGUCAUGGAGUAUGAUGCUAUUACAUUUAAGUAAUAAAUGACCUCAAUAAGUCACCUUACAUUCUUCCUGUCCUGUGUUAUACUGGAAUUGAGAGAUUUCUAUGGCAGAUUUGGGUGCUGUGUAUUAAAUAUGGCAGAGCACAAGGCGAAAGAAGCUAGAGUCAAUAACUGAGUGAAACAAUUCUCCACUGACAGAUCUUCACCAAUUGUUU